AUGAAGAUUUGGCUCAGGACUACAAAGAGAAGAACUGUAACAGAGGAUGAGGAGAAGCAUUCACACUAUGGAAAGAUAAAGGAUGACGUAAUGCAGACCAAGUCUUUAGAGUUAUCUGAUUUGAUUCUAGACCAUGGUUCACAGGAGGAUAUAGUGUCAAUCUUGACCACAGAUCUUGUUAUACAACCUCAGCAAAGGGAGGCUUCAAGUUCCGAGGAUCGCCGAAUGGCAACAUGGACUUGUCCCAAUGCCUCAUUGGAUCAUUUUCCGUCACAUAUCUAUUCGGUUUUUGCUCCUCCAGAACAACAAUUCCACACUUUACAUGAGGAUGUGAUGGUUGAGUUGAUUUAUACAUUACCAACUGCUAGUGACAAAAAAACAAUGUUUCCAGGGUGA